AUGAACUAUGCCAAGAACUGCACAGACGAUGCAGCCUUCAGCAUGGAUGACCUCCGCACGGCCGGUGGCGUUGGCGCCAUCCCCAGUGAUGAAACUAUCGCAGCCGUCACUGCUCAGGCCGUUGAGGCUGACGCUGAUGCCCUCGCAGCCAACGGCUGGGGUCAUCAGUUUAACAUUAUGCGUAGCGUGCGCAACGAACUUCCUUUUGCCUCUGGUGCCACCGUCAAGGCCGCUGUCGAACGCGUUCUCACCGCCAAGCUGGGCCCGCCCACCGACUUUAAAAAGGAGCGCAAGCAAAAGCUCAAGGCCGACCGCAAGGAAAAGAAGGCGGAGAAGCAAGCUGAAGUGGCUGCUGCCGAACCCGCAGAGCCGGCAUCCGCCGACGCAUCCGAUGCCGCUGAGGGAGCCGGUGCCGCCCCGCCCGCAGGAGGCCAGAUUGUCACUCCCUGGGAGGUGCAGGCCGACGGGGCCGUUGAUUACAACAAGCUUGUUGAGGACUUUGGCAGCAAGCUUUUGGAGACGACGCACAUCGAUCGCAUGAAGGAGCUGGGCAUGCCCAUCCACCACUUCCUGCGCCGCAACAUCUUUUUCAGUCACCGCGAGUUUGAUCGCAUCCUCGAUCUGAAAGAGCAGGGCAAGCCCAUCUACCUCUACACUGGUCGUGGGCCCAGUUCUCAGGCAAUGCACUUGGGCCAUCUGAUCCCCUUCAUGUUCACCAAAUACCUGCAAGAUGUCUUUGACGUGCCACUUGUCAUCCAAAUGACCGACGACGAGAAGUUUUUGUUCAAAUCUGAACUCACGCUUGACGAAGAUCCUGUGACUGGUGUAUUCGCGUUGACACGCGAGAAUGCCAAGGAUAUCAUCGCAUGCGGCUUCAACCGCGAGAAGACUUACAUCUUUGCCGAUACGGACAUCAUGGGCGGUGCCUUUUACAAGAAUGUGCUCAGGAUACAACGCCGUGUCAGCCUGCAUCAGGCUUGCAAAAUUUUCGGUUUCGACGAGAAUGCCAACAUUGGCAAGAUCUCCUUUGCUGCCAUCCAAGCCAGCCCAUCCUUCCCCUCGUCCUUUCCUGGCGUGUUGCAGCAAUCGGCGGCCUGCCUGAUCCCCUGUGCCAUUGAUCAGGAUCCCUACUUUCGCAUGACGCGUGAUGUCGCCCCUGCUCUUCGCGAGGAAAAGCCGGCCCUCGUCCACUCUGUCUUCUUCCCUGCCAUGACGGGCAGCUCGACCAAGAUGAGCAGCAGCACCAAGUCGCCAACCACUGUCUUCUUGACGGAUAAGCCUGAAGAUAUCAAGGAUAAGAUCCACAAGCACGCAUUUUCGGGCGCUCCUGAAACCUUGGCUGAGCAUCGCGAGCGCGGCGCAAAUACUGAUGUGGAUGUGUCAUAUCAGUACCUGCGCUUCUUCUUGGAGGACGAUGAGGAAUUGGAGCGAAUUCGCGAGGCGUAUGGCUCUGGAAAAAUGACGACCUUUGAGAUCAAGUCACGCUUGAUCGAGGUGCUCCAGGGUGUGGUUCGCCAGCAUCAAGAAGCUCGCGCCAAGGUGACGGAUGACGAAGUUCGCCACUUCAUGACACCGCGCCCCCUCUCCCAAUGAGUGGGUGUCCGCUGCAGAUUUGAUCAAAUGAACACAGCCUGGCCACCAACCCAAUGACGAAUCAAUUGACAUCAAAGGCG